AUGGCCCCAAAGAAGCGCAUUUCGAGAAUCCCCUCGAGCAGUGCCACUCCGGCUGGCACCCAAGCUGCUGACCCAACCACUGAUCAGCCGAAGCGACAAAAGCUAGAGGAAAAAGAGCAGGACCAGGAGAAGGACCAGGAGCCGAUCCAAAAGCAAGAAAAAGAGCAGAACGAGGAGAAGGAGCAGGUCGAGGUCAAGGCGACAGGUGAUCCGCCGGAAGUCCUCGAGAAGCCCGAGAAGUCCUGCCAGUCGGAGGGCGGCGGAGCGGUCACUUCGAAGUCCGGGGAGCCGCAGAUGAGCUUCCUGAAGUACUUGGAGACGAACAGGCGCGAGGAGGCCCACCACUGGGACCGGAAGCGCUUGGUCACGCUGAUGGAGCACAUCAACAAGGAUCCACCGCCACCCUGGCAGCUGGCCUCCCAGAUGUGGCUGGAGGUGGACCGUCUGGAGAGACGCAUCGACUCCUACGAGCGGAGGUCCAAGGAACUGAAAGCGGAUAUGGGGCAGGAGAAGGAUGAGAAUGAGAAUGAGGAAAAGGAGAAGGGGAAGGCGCAGGACGACGGAAAAGGGCAAGCCCCGCAAUCAGCGGAGCUCCAGUAG